UGUGGAGGAUAUCUUUAAAAUGUGGGAAGAAUGCACUGAAAAAUUUAGAGAAGCAGCAACAUUUGAUGUUGUAAGAAACAAAAGAAAGCACAUUACAAUAGAUAUAAGUCCUGCUCAUAGGAAGUUACAAGAAUGA